CAUUUCGUUACAGUACGCAACAGUUCGCGCCUUGUCAAACCAAACAAAUUCAGCGUUUUUGGUUUUUAAGUUUUUACACAAGUUUGUCCUGGAAUUUGUCAGUUUUUCGUACUAAAAGUUCAUCAAAAAGUCGGAAACUGUACAGUGUUAACAGUGCUGGUUUGUCUAACUACCAACAAUCAUGCACGCAUUCUUGAAAACCGGGAAAAUAUCGGAUUCUCCCUCGAAAGCCGGCCCAAGCGACGGAUCGUCUGAGAAACGCACCAAAACACAUUCCGUUCCAUGGGUCGAGAAAUACCGGCCGAAAAGUGUCGACGAUGUUGUCGAACAGGCAGAAGUCGUGGCCGUGCUUCGCGAGAGUUUGUCCACAGCCGAUCUUCCCAACCUGUUGCUUUACGGACCCCCAGGAACGGGUAAGACCAGUACGAUUUUGGCUGCAGCCCGGCAACUUUUCGGUGACAUGUUCAAGGAACGAAUCCUUGAGCUGAACGCUUCCGAUGAUCGGGGAAUUGCGGUCAUUCGUAACAAGGUUAAAACGUUUGCCCAGCUGACGGCCAGUGGCACAAGAACCGAUGGCAAACCAUGUCCACCGUUCAAGAUUGUUAUCCUGGAUGAGGCCGAUGCCAUGACACACGCUGCACAGGCCGCUCUACGUCGGACAAUGGAGAAGGAAACCAAAACUACGCGGUUCUGCUUGGUGUGUAAUUACGUUUCGAGGAUCAUCGAGCCAAUCACUUCCCGUUGCACCAAGUUCCGUUUUAAGCCUCUGGGAGAAGAGAAGGUCAUAGAGCGGUUGCGCUUCAUUUGUGAACAGGAGAAUGUGGACGUUGAAGAUCAAGCCUACAGGGAAAUCGUGGACAUCUCCGGAGGAGAUUUGCGUCGGGCGAUCACCACUUUGCAGUCGUGCCACCGAUUAAAAGGCAAAGAAGCAAAAAUUCAGCACACGGAUAUACUGGAGAUGUCCGGUGUAGUUCCGAGAAAGUACCUGGAAGAUUUUGUCUCCGUUUGCAAGACUGCGAAUUACGGAAAACUCGAAGAUUACGUCCGGAAUCUCACCUAUGAUGCGUACAGCGUUGGGCAGCUAUUCGAACAGCUUACCGAAUUCGUUGUUUUGCACGAUGGAUUGAGCGAUAAACAAAAAAGCAUUAUUUGCGACAAACUGGGGGAAUGUUGCUUCCGUUUGCAAGGAGGAGGUUCUGAGUACAUACAAAUCAUGGAUCUGGGAUGUGUUACAAUUCAAGCCUUGCAAGCUAACUAAGUUGAUAUGUUUUCAUCUCGUUUAUCUUUACUUUGUAAUACAAAACUUAUUUAAUAUUGCA